AUUACUAUGGACGCUGCCGCUGAUGUCCAGCCUCCUUGGUGCGACCUAGCGCUCCAGAGGAGGAGCGAACGCUGCGAAACGUCAAGGCAGAGGGGAGAGAAAAGGGGUGGGAAAAAAAAAUACUGAAAGAGGACAGCCCUGCGAGCCGUCCCUGGACCGCGCUGCGUUGAGAUGGCAAUCCCAUAGCGUGACAGCAGCAGCAGCAGCGCCCAGACGCCGCGAUGAAAUGUAGCUAACAGCAGCCCUGCAGCUGGGAAGCAGGCAGGCACCAGGCCGGUCUGAAAUGCGCUGACUUCCCUAGCUGGGGCGGCUCGUUCCCACCAGGAUCCCUCCGGCUCGGCUUCUCCUCCCCGCGACUCCGCGGCGGAACUCGAAGGCGCAAUCCCCCCCGUGCCCGCCGGGUCUCUGCGGUUUGCUGCAUCCUCCGCGCGCCCAGGAUGGCGGAGGCUGAACUGCACAAGGAGAGGCUGCAGGCGAUUGCAGAAAAAAGGAAAAGGCAGACGGAAAUUGAAGGGAAGAGACAGCAGCUCGAGGACCAGAUUCUUCAGCUGCAGCAUUUCAAGUCAAAAGCACUUCGGGAAAAAUGGCUGCUGCAGGGAAUUCCUGCAAGUUCUCCAGCCGAAGAAGAAGCCAGGAAGAGGCAGUCAGAAGAAGAUGAACUAAAGGUGAAAAAGCUUGAAGGCAACAUCCAUAGAUUAGAACAAGAAAUAGGAAAACUUGAACGUGAAGAAUCCCAAAUAUCUGCCAAAGAACAGAUCAUCUUAGAGAAACUAAAGGAGACAGAAAAAUCCUUUGAGGACUUACAAAAGAGUUUCUCACACCAAGAUGGAGAUGCAGUAAAUUACAUUUACUCCCAGAUCCCUGAACUCACAACUCUCUAUUCACAAGCAACAGAGCCUGUUCCUGGGAAAGACAGAACAAGCAGGGUAACUGCUUUGUACAGCAUGGAAAUUAAUGUGGAGAAAGACAAACAAACAGGAGAGACCAAGAUUCUCUCUACGUCCCCCAUUGGCCCCGAGGCUGCCCAUCAGAGAGGAAUCAAAGUCUAUGACGAUGGUACCAAAGUAGUCUAUGAGAUGCAUUCUGGAGGCACGGUGGUAGAAAAUGGAGUACAUAAGUUAAGCUCAAAGGACGUAGAUGAACUUAUUCAGAAGGCGGGGCAAUCAAGCAUAAAAGGAGGGGCUGUAUCAAUAGUGGAUGGAAACCUCAGCCACAUGAAGGAACAAAUUCUUUUUAAGGAAGCAAAACUAGAGAUGGUGCACAAGCCCAGCAAAAGGCUUUCUGGGAACCCUCAACAGCAAGCAAAACUCUCUGGGGAUGAAAUCCCAGAAGCUAGUGCAGAUCACCCAGUAACAAUGAUAUUUAUGGGUUACCAAAAUAUUGAUGAUGAAGAUGAGACCAAAAAGGUAUUGGGCUAUGAUGAGACAAUCAAGGCUGAACUGGUCCUUAUUGAUGAAGAUGAUGAAAAGUCAUUACGUGAGAAGACAGUGACUGAUUUGUCGACCAUGGAUGGAAAUGCUGCUGAGUUAGUUUCUGGGAGGCCGUUGUCAGACACAACAGAGCCCUCUUCACCAGAGGGGAAAGAAGAAAGCCUACCAAUGGAAAAAGUCCCAGAAGCAGAGGAAUUUAUCAUGUGGUCUGAAAAUAUCAAUGAAAGCCCUCAGGUGAAAGUGACAGCUUUGAAAUCAGCUACAUGCUGUGGAGAUGACAUAAAGUUAAGAAAACAGAAAGACCAAUAUAGUGCCAAUUUCUUGGAGCCUGCUAGUAAUUGCACAACAGAGCAAGACAAAAUGGAAAUUGAAGCCCUUGUUUCAGAACAUAAAAACAGCACAGUGGGGACCUCAACAUGUGCAACAGACAAUCAAAGUCACUUACUUUCAUCUACUGCCAGUCACAAUGGGCUGAAAGACCGACAUGAAUCUUUGGACAGUGAAGUUGCUAAAGAGAUCAGAUAUCUUGAUGAGGUGCUAGAAGCAAAUUGUUGUGAUUCUACCCCUGAUAACCCCUUUAAUGGGAUGACUUCCUCUUCUCCUGAGACAGGUGGACCCAUUAGUCUGGAUGGCUCUAGUCCAUCUGUCCAUAUUACUAAUGAUUUCCCAGUACUCAAUGAGCAUAAUGGUAUUAGAGGUGGAGGACAAACACCUCCAGCCUUGGAACCCAGUGGAAUUAAUACAGCAUCUGGGAAGCUAAAACCAAAUGGCCAUUUUGUGGAGAUAUUGCAAGAGGAGCACUGUGACAGUCUAAAAGUGCCAGUGAGUCCAUGCUCUUCCACAAGCUCAAGGUCUUCCAAGGAUGGAGAGUUAACAUUAGCUACCAUUAAGAAAGAAGCCAAGUUUGAGCUUAGAGCAUUUCAGGAAGACAAAAAACCAUCUAAACUUUUUGAGGAAGAGGAUCCAGGAGAGAAUUACAGAGUGCGUAAAGUGAGGCCUUCUGAUGAAAUGAUAGAAUUGGAAAAGGAGAGGCGGGAGCUCAUCCGAAGCCAGGCUGUCAAGAAAAAUCCAGACAUAGCUACAAAGUGGUGGAAUCCACCCCAAGAAAAAACAUUAGAGGAGCAGCUGGAUGAAGAACACUUGGAGUCUCACAAGAAGUACAAAGAACGCAAAGAGAAACAACAGCAUCAGCAACAACCACCACCACCAUCAAUGCCUGUAAAGCAUGGCUCAUACUCUUCUCCAUCAUCAGAUUCAGCCAAUAAAUGUCAAAAAGUUGAUAUUGUCACAGAACAAAUAGAUUUUUUAGCUGCUAGGAAACAGUUUCAGUUAAUGGAAAAUUCAGAUCAGCAGAGUAGCCCAGCUGCACCGAAGCGAUCAGGGACCCCUAAAAUGUUCACUAUCCAACCAUUCUACAAACCAAUAGGUCCAUCCCAAAUGGACCGGCGAACAGCCUCUAUUACAAAAUCUAUGACUGCAUGUGGACAAGUUGUGCAGGCUGGCAAUAAUGAUGUAGCUGCUGCAAAUACUGAGAAGGUGUCCUGCAUCUCAGAUGACAGCAUUAUUCAGAACACCUCUGGUGAUCCUAUAGGACUGUUGUCUUAUGGUGAUUCUACAAAGUGUGUUCAGGCCAUCAAGAUAUGGUCAGAUGAUGAUGAAUUCAUGAGUGCAAAAGCAGUCCUUACAGUGGUGAAGGAUGAUGAACAGAGUGUAUUAGAUCAGUUCUCAAGAUCAAUCAGUGUUUCUUCUCCUCCAGAAGAACUAGACUCUGGUUUAGAUGAAUUGUCUGUCAGAUCACAGGAUACAACUGUUUUGGAAACUCUUUCCAAUGACUUUAGCAUGGACAAUAUCAGUGACAGUGGUGCCUCCAAUGAAACAAUGAAUCCCCUUCAAGAAAAUUCCCUUACUGAUUUCUCCUUGCCCCAGACUCCACAAGCUAACACACCUUCUGAGUGUCAAGGAGAUGUUUCAAAGUCACUUAGUGACCAUGGUUUUUAUUCCCCUUCUUCGCCAUUAGUCAACUCUAUGCUCACUGAUGAGCAGUUGGAAUAUCAGGCUGAUCUCCUGGUUCAAAAUGCCAUUCAACAAGCCAUAGCUGAGCAGGCUAAUAAAAUGAGUUAUCAGCAAGCAAAAGGUAUCAUGGAGCAAAAGAACGGGCAGGUCAAGGAACAAGAGGAAUUGGACAAGGCGCCAUAUUCUGAGAACCAGCAUGGUUCAACAUUUCAGCCACCUCAAGUGUCAUCUCCUAUGCAAGAGAAACGUGAUACAGCACCAAAGACAUCUGCAGCUCAAGAUCCUGCACUCAGGGAAAAGCAACCAUCUCCUGUUGCUCAUGCCACCCAAGUAGUCAGUGUGGAAGAAAUCAAGCCAGAAGUCAGCUACUUUAGCAAAUAUUCAGAAGCAGCUGAGCUUCGAAGCACAGCUUCCAUUCUGGCUAUGCAAGAAACAGAGGUGACAGUAGGGCCUUUUAAACUAAGAUCAAAAAAGCAGAGGACUUUGUCCAUGAUAGAAGAAGAAAUACGUGCAGCCCAGGAGAGAGAGGAGGAACUAAAGAGACAAAGACAGGAUAUGCAGCUAACACAGAGCCCUGUCGCGAAGAGUGCACCUUCACUAUCCACCCGAACUGCAUCUUACAAAACUGCACCAGGUAAAAUAGAGAAGAUCAAACCACCUCCAUCUCCAACUGGCGAAGGUCCCCCCUCGCAUUCCGACUCCGCAUCGGAUGAAACUGGAGGAUCCCAAAGAGCCAAGAACCUGAUGGAGACUCUUAUGGAAGAUUAUGAAAGUCACAAAACCAAAAGGCGGGAGAGGAUGGAUGAGAACAGUUACACCUAUAAAUUACUGUCUAACAAGGUUACUUCUGAGGUACUUUUCAAAUAUUUGCCCUUUUAAGCGCUUUGCUUUUUUUCUUCUUCCUUUGCAUGAGGCUGUUGAGUUUUUCAGUUUUUGCAUGCUGCUGCAGUUUGCUUUCCAUUGCUGUUUGUUGGAGGAAUAUUUGAAAUUAGAACCCCCUGAUUUUCCCACAACUGGACUAUCCGUUGGAUGACACAUCACACUGGUUUCAGGAGUUCACACUAAAUCCAUAGGCUUAGAGCUGGGAUAUGCACCAUACUAUCUUUCUCCAGUUGUUUCUGCCCACCUAGUAAGAUUGGGCAGGGCUGGUGUGCUUCAGGUCCAAUCUGUAAAACAGUGCCAUCUGGUGGGACUUCAGAGAUGGGUCUUUUCCAUAGCUGCCUCUGGAACAGCAUUCACCUGAAAUCCGCAGAGCUUGUAUUUUCAGAAAGCUGUGAAGAUCUGGCUUUUUCAGCAGGCCUUAGGAUCGGUGGUUUGUAACCCCACU